AUGUCAGAAAUCUGUAGCACCUGCUACCAGUCCAUUGGCAGUUGCUGCUGUGCCCACGGCACCUCCACCACCAGCUCGUAUGGCAGCUCUAGCUCCUACGGCAUCUCCAGCGCGUAUGGCAUGUGCUCCUACGGCACCCCUCCCUGGGCCACGGGGCCCACCUACCGUCCAACCACUAGGGACACCCCUGAAAACAGCUACAACAUCAUCUCACCGGCCUACUCGGCCUACUCCCCGACUUGCUCAAAAUGCAAGCGGGAGUUCAACGACUGCCGCUGCCCGGCCAAACUCACUACUCCCACCAACUCUGAGACUUGCUCAAUUUGCAAGCAAAAUAUCAGUGAUUGCUCUUGCGCCGUCAAGAACAGCACUUCCUCCACCAUCUCUUCUGAUGCUUGCGCAAUCUGCAAGCAAAACAUCAGCGACUGCUCCUGCGCAGUCAAAAACUCUGUCCCUCCCACUAACUCCGAGGUCUGCUCGACCUGCAAGCAGCCACUCGCUGAGUGCUCUUGCGACAUCGAGAAGGCCUCGGUUUGGUUCAAUGCUUACCGCGGUUAG